AUGUCUGACUUCCCUCAUACAUGGUUAAAACUUCUCUUGACAAACAUUUGCGUUCUCAACUUUGCCAUAUACUAUUCGACUGUUUCCAACCAGUCCAAGCAUACUAUGCUUCCGUCCCAGUUAUAUUAUUUCCCUCGUCUACCUUCAUCCUUUCAGGAUAAACAAUUAUUCAACAACCUUGUGAAGCACACUGAAACACACAAUCGGGUGCUCGAAGAAGAGAAAUGUUGGCGGGAGAUUCAGCGCCAACGACGGGAGGAAAAGCUGCUUGUAGAGCGCAAAAUGAAAAGGCCUCGUGGUACCUCCGCCAUGGAUGUGCAACAAGCCCUUGAUGCGUACGAGCGCCAUCUUCGCUAUGAAGCUAAGCGGCGGUUGGAGGAAUCUGCUGAAGAGUCUAAAUCGGGCGAUCUUUGGCACGCACUUGUUCGAAAGCAGGAUAAAAGUGAGCGAUGGGGUCAUGAUGGCUGGGAGGAGUUGCAAAAACCAGGUCCACCACCUCCCCUCGGUAAUCAUUUUGUAAAGGAGACGGUUGCAUCAAUGUCCCUCGCCUCUAAACCAACAGUACAAUUCGUUCGCAAAAAUGAGAAGCCACCUGCGUCUUUGCCGCUUUCUGAUCCAGUUCAGUCACAUGGGAAGGCGUCUAAAUCAAGACGAAAGCGAAAUCACGAGAAGAAAUCAAAAUCUAGCAGAUGCUGUAAACACAAGACACAAUCGAAGACCGCUCCUGAAACCUUACCUUCUGAUACCUCGUCAUUAAGCACACUUCACUCUGACGAAGAGAUUGAGUGGUUGGAACGAAAAUAGUCCCCUGUCGUGACUUGCAUUUGAUCUGUACGCCUUCUCAGGGUUUGUUGUUCACUCUUCCAUACUGUGUUGCUGCAGAUGAAUACCUCGAGUAUCUUCCUCUUUGGUGUACUCUCACUCUUUUGUUACAUUUCAACCUGGGCUCUCCUGCUCAUUCGAACUGCAAUUUUCCCUUUCGGAUGUAUGGUUUUCUUCUUUUUAUCAUUUCACAAAUUUUACGAUGCGAAUACUUCGAGUUUUUGUUGCCAUUGUGUAUCAAUCCUCACAGUCAUGCUUUUAGUCCUAACCUUUGCAUACUGCGUAGGUCUGACACUACCUGAGAUUCAUUCGCUGUGUGACGCAAGUGGUUGGAGUCUCGAUGGCGCGCAUUUGGGGUUCUAUUUCUGGCUUGACUCCUCCUUGUUGCUUUACCCCACUGGUUCAUGAUUUUUCAUCACAAUACGAC